UGUUUUGGAUGAAAUUCGUUGCUCCGAAAUACUGGGAAUGCAGUACAGUGAGCGGUGGGUGAGAGAGUUGAUCACCAUUGGGUUGGGUUUUUGGAAGGCAGCAGCAGCAAGCGAAACAAGGAGCUGCAAAGAUGGCACAAAAAUAGGUUUGGACGGAGGGGCCGGGCAGGCCACUAAUUAAAACCAGUGUCCAGGUCCAGCGCAGCGCCCAAAACUCACUCACUCCCCAGAUUCUCUCUCGCUCAUCCAUCAUCAGCAGGCAGGCAGCGGCUAGAGAAAGAAAGACUAGAGAGAGAGAGCGGAGACCGGAGGGGGAGGAUUUAUCAUGGCACGGCAGAAGCAGUAGCCGCAGCAGCAGGGGAUCGAAAAACCACCCUCCCUCCCUCCCCCCUUGCUGUGCUGUGCGAGCGAGAUACUACUACAAGAGAGAGAAAGGAGAGAGAGGAGAGAGAACGAAGGGCAGGAAAGCUAGAAGAAGAGAGAUCCACCUCGAAGUAACCCCUCCCUCCUCUCCCUCCUCUCCUCGCUUGCUCCUCCUGCUGGAGUGGAGUCGAGCCUCCUCCUCCUCCUCCUCCUUCCCGGCGUCGAGUCGAGCGACCGAGCUGCAAGAAUUGCUCUGCUCGCCCCUAGGAGAGGAGGGAGAGCAGAGGAGGACAUGAGGGAGGAGGAGGAGCCCAGCUGGUUCGCGCGCGGCGGCGGCGGCGACGAGCACCAGCUCCCGCGGCCGGACGAGCUCAUGCCGCUCACGCAGACGCUCAUCACGCCCGAUCUCGCCGUCGCCUUCGACAUCGCCACGCACGGCGGCGGGGCGGGUGCGGGGGGCGCCGGUGGCGCGGGCGGUGGUAUGCCCGACAUCAACGGCAACGGCGGCGGCGGCGGCGCGUCGUCGGCCGCGGGCUCCAGCGGCGGCGCCGGCGGGGGCGGCGCCGGCGACGAGCCGGCGCGGACGCUCAAGCGGCCGCGCCUCGUGUGGACGCCGCAGCUGCACAAGCGCUUCGUCGACGCCGUGGCGCACCUCGGCAUCAAGAACGCCGUGCCCAAGACCAUAAUGCAGCUGAUGAGCGUCGACGGCCUCACGCGCGAGAACGUCGCGUCCCACCUCCAGAAGUACCGCCUCUACCUCAAGCGCAUGCAGGGGCUCGGCGGCGGAGGCGGAGGCGGAGGUGGAGGCGGAGGCGGUGGAGGUGCGGGGGGAAGCCACUCCUCGGGGUCCGGCACCGACGCCCACACCGAGCACCUCUUCGCCACGGGGCCCGUCCCCUUCCUCCCGCCGGGCCACGGCCACCGCGCGCCCGUCGACACCUACCCGCCCUUCUCCCCCAUGGGCGGCGCCGCGCACCACCACCACCAGCAGCACCACGCGACGCAGAUCGGACACUUCCACCACCCCGCCGCCGCGCGCCCGCUCGCCCACCACUACGGUGCUUCGGCUACCGCCGGUUUCGACCACGGCGGCUUCCUGAGCCGCGUCGCCGCGCCGCCCGUCGUCGGCCCGCCCGGGAUGCACCACCACCGCAUGGUCGGCGCCGGCGCCGGGAUGGGGAUGAUGGCGCCCGCCUCCUUCGCCGACGACAUGGACCUCGGAUCCCGAGGCGCUGGCGGCAGCGGCGGCCGCCGCGAGCUCACGCUGUUCCCGACGUCCGGGGACCACUGACGGCCGGCUCGCCGGGGCUCCGUCCGACGACGGACGGCGAUGGGCAUCGGAGUCACUGCGGGCGGGCGGCCGCCUCCGCCCUCCGCCCUCGGGUACAUAAAAUUCGAAAUUCGUUUGCUUCCUGUCCCCCACCCCUCUGCUGCGCAACCGCCGCUGCUUCCCACAGAUCGGCAUACAAAUCGAGCAAGGCUCAACCCACCACAUCUCAAUCUCAAUCUCAAUCUCAUAGAGUCCAAGAAUUCUUGGGAAUUAGCAAUCCGUCCAUGCGUUCCUUCCUUCCUCCUAGCAUCUCUCGUCUCGUCACCCACCAUUGUUGCUGUUGCUGUUGAUGUUCGUGUACUGCUGCUGCUGCUGCUGCUAUUUGUCAUCUUCUCCCCUCCUCCUCUCCUUCCAUUGUUCUUGCUGCUGCUGCUGAUGACAUAAAAAGUUAGCCGUAGAAGAGAUGAUAUAUUUAGAGGAUUGUACAACGAAUUGUGACUCGACAACUUUCUCGCAUCCACCAUCAUCCGGCUUCAAUCUUUGCGAUCGCGCCAAGAUUCCAGGCUCGACACUCUCUGUUCUUGUCUUCUUGAGUGAUGCAAUGCAACGCAAGCCACCUUUGCUUCAGAGCAGCUAGUGAGUGACCCGUCAAACAACAAGUGAUGCAACCGUUGUGCAUGAUGAUAAGAGGUUUCUGUUUUCAUAUAUGGAUAAAUAUAGGCAGGGUUGAAUAAUCGGUACCAAGGUGUAACAAUGGAGAUGAAUAACUCUUGAGGAUUAUUACACCUACAUGUAUGAUAAUCGGAUCUUUGUGGGAGUGAAACCAUCUGCGAGCGUCAAAGUGGAGAUUCAGAGCUUAUUCUGCUGCUCUGUCAGUUUUCUUCCUCAGCACCUCCUUUGAUGGAGGGUAAGAGUUGAUGAGUAUAUGAUAUAUAGCAAGCAAGUACUAGUAUCAAUGUAGCAAGGGUUGCAACACUUGAUCACAUUGUGUUUGUGCCUCCCUAGAACAAACAUUGGAGCCAGCAGCUCAAAUUGGAGUUUGUUGUAGUAGCAAAUUGUAGCCAUCAUCAGCCAUUUGUAAAUCUGCGCGACUUAUAAAAGAGCUUCUUUGUAGCCCUGAGGAAACAAAAAAAGAGACCAGCUUGAUGAAUCAUGCUGCUACUAGUACAGUGAUGAUGCUUACCGUUCUUGCAUAAGUACUGUGUUGGGCUCUGUUCAAGUCA